GGUUUUCUUGGUUCUAUUUCAGGAAGGGACAGAUUUUCAAUACUUCCAAAUGCCUUUCUGAGGUUAUUUGGAUAAUUUAAGGUUUUUCUUUUUUAGUGAAGCCUUUUAAUAAUCUUUGUCUUUAAAAGAGGUCUUCCUGAUAGUGGGAGUAGUUACAAAUUAAAGUGCUACAGAAUAGUAUAAGUUGACUAAUUGUAUGGCAUACUAAUGUCCUCACAAAAAAUAGUAACUUUCCCCAAAAAUACAUUUUCCAAUAGGAAAAGCAGAUAAAUGUGUGUGUGCGGGGGGGGAGUGUGAUUGAGAAGCAUGAAGCUUUUCCAAGAGGAGAAUGGUCAGCCAUGAGACAGUAAGUUUGAGCAAGGUGUGAGAACAAUGAAAAUUCCCAUUGUUCAAGUUUUUUGUUUGUUUUUUGGUUUUCUUACAAACUUAGUCCAGCAAUCCAGCAUUGAAUUUUCCUUUUUCACAUUCAGCUUUAAAAAGCAUCAAUGUCCCUCUGGAAGGAGAAUAGGCAACUGGCCAUCUCUCAUCACUGUGAAACUUUGUAAGAAAGAUUAAUUUGGGAACUGAAUAGAGGAAGAAAACAAUACAAAAGGAACUGCUUUUAAACAAAAUACACACUUUUGUCAUCGUUUGCACUGCUCAAUGAAAACAAAGCUGUCCAACAUUUAGCUGUGGUGACCCAAAAUACAUCUGUACAGUGUGCUGGCAGCUGAUGUGUGGUAGGCAGUGAAGAUAAAACCCAUGUUGCAAAUGAAUAGUCCCAGCAAGGCCUUGAAAAGCACUUGGAGUGAAUUCUUAGUUGGGUAAGGAAAGCAGACUUGAAGGGAAAUCGUGCUGCUUGCCCUUCCUGAUGGCCAUGUUCAGCUUGCAUUGAUGCCCCAUAACAUCCCCAUUGACAUAACAUGACACAUUGGGGCUGUGGCUGAGGUCCUUGAGCCUCAAGGUACCCCAGGGGAUUGCUCCUCCUUGUAAGUGAGAUAUGAAGAAAUGGUUUCAAGAGUGUAGCCACUACUAAUCAGGCUAGUAAAAGAAGUGUGAAAAAUAGCAGUCUGCUUUCAAUACUGCAUUUGUUGCAAAUAACUAAAAUGCCAUCAGUUUACUAUUUAGUUGCUGCUGUGGUUACCUGUUUUUCCCCAUUUUUAUGGCCAGUUUUACGAUGCAGGCUUGCAUGCUGCUUAUUUCUUAGUUCAUUUUUCUUAAGGAGCUAGUGAAUCCGAGCAUUAUUAUAAAUGGCUUGUAACUGCUGUUUCAGUCUAGUGAGAUUUAUAACAAAAUGGAUCCUAUAGACAGAGUCUUGCAUAAACAAAAGCAUUUGUCUUCCAUCGCUAUUUCACUUUCCUACCUACUAUCUUGUAGUAGUAGUUUCUGAAACAAUUUCGUCUAGAGGCUCAGUUAAUUCUAAUAUGCUUCAGGAGGUCAUAUGAAAGAAGCACAGAAAAUUUUUCUGGUUGUUAUUACUCUUGUUAAAGAUGCUGAUGCUCAAGGUUUCUUAUUAUGUGCCCUGCAUCUUUAUGUAUAUAGGCAAAAUAAUUUUUUUAAAAUGUCCUUCAGUUUUGUUAGUGGCUUAUUUUCAUGCACAAGCAUUCCCUGCCUGCCACAGAAGUGUCUGUUACAAAGGGGGCACUGGAGAAUGGAAGGUGCUGGUGAAUGAUGGCCAUGUAUCUGGGAAAGGGGGUGCUGGUUAGUCAUCUAGCUCUUAUUUUGACUAACUUCAUUGCUUAUUUAGCCUCUGUAUUCCUCAGUGUCCUAGAAGGAUAUACUCACUUUUUGGACUUACUUUCCCUUGAAUCUUGAUUUUUUUUCCCCCCCCAUUAAUUAGAAAUGAUGGCAUUUUAGAGCCUUUUAUUAUAAAGAGGCACAAUAGGAAUAUUCACUUUGCCUCUGUUGGGCUUAUAUUGGCAUGUACAAUGAAGUCAUGAUACCUUCACAAGUUAGCUCAGUCACAGCUGAGUUACACAGUUACUCGUGUGCAGCCCUGCAAUCUGCAGGAAAUUUGGAGACCCUCACUUUCCUUUGGCUGCAGUUACACUCUACUGUCACCCUUGGGUAUUACAGACUUUACUUAUUGGCUCUUUUCCAGACAAAUAAUGUGAUAGCAUGUUUUUGUUUCAGCGGUUGAUAAUGUUGAAGAAUUUAAACAGGUACAAAUAAAGAUAAUUUGAAAAUAAAGUCUUAACCAUUUGAAAAUUUAAAAGUCUCAGUACUUGUGACAGAGCUUGAAAGAAUGAAGAGAUUUCUUUCAGCUAAUUGAUUUCAUAUUUUAAGUCUAGAAACAUGCUUAUAUAUAUAGCUUAUAUUAAGUAUUAGCUCUAACCAGGAUAGAUUUAAAAUAAAAAAAACCCAAAAAAACCCAGAAAAAACAAUACUCACCAUUGUUUAACCUGAUGGUAAUACAAAUAAUUAGAAUACAUCCAAACCCACCAGAUUUAAGUAUUGCAGACAGCUGUCGCUUAUGUAGGCAGCUUUUUAUUUUCAGGUGAAAGUUUGAUAGGCAAAACAAUUUGAGGGGGAAGUUUUUGAAAAAGUUAUGAAGUAGACAUGACCCGUUUCAUUCUAGGUAUGUGAAUCCCCCUCUAGUGUCUUUAUUUUGUGUAGAAUGCAUAAAAGGUCAUCCCCUUUUAGUAAGCAGUAAUAAUUUAUAAUCCUCUAUGCUGAAUCCUAUUCAAUCUUUAAAAACCAGUAGCUCUUUUGAUACAGCUGUGAGUCAAAAAUAAUCAGCAUUGAAAUUGGAGUCUUUAUUUAUCUGUUUUAUUUUUGGAUUGCAAAUAUUUUUCACAACUUUUUCAGAAUAUCAUGAAAAUGUAUAUUAUAAUGAUUGUGUAGGCACGUAUAAGAAUUUAAUUGCUUUCUGCAUCUGUGUGUGGACUCUGUAACUUUUAUUUUUGAGACUAUUACUUUGCAUUAGAAGCCAUUAUUUUUCACUUGACAGGAUUGUUCAGGAGACUGGAAUACAGAAGUGACUUAAAACCAGGUGUUGUCUGGUUUGCUGUGUACGUGAGAGGUCUUGGCUUUGGCUUUUAAGCCUUCCACUGGCUUCCACUAUGGCAUCACAGUUUCACUCUUGGGUGUGGCCUGGACAUUACUGAAGCUUGUGCCUGAAACAACCACUUUUUUAUGCCACUGACUUGUAAAUGUACCUUUUCAUUAAAUCGGUUGCUUUUAGAUAGAAAUUUAAUUUUGCUUUCUCCUUACUAAAGUUUUUCCUAUAACUGUUAUAACUGGUUUUUGUAGAACUUCUCUCUGCUGUAAAUUUCAGGCUUUUUUACAGUCUUUCUCAGUGCUAUUCUAGGUUCUUUUUGAGGAGUACCUGUAUAACAGGCACCCUCCUUUGUGCCAGAGUUUGCAUCCCAUUUCCCUGCCUAUCCAAGGAGGUACCAGCCGUGGAUGAAUGGCUUUGACAAUUGUGUUAAUUGUUUUUCCAAUGUUGUGCUCAGUGUAAAAUAAGGGUUGAAUUUAAAACGGCAGUUGUCCUUUUUCUUUUCUAGUUACCCUGGAGUAUUAUGCUUCUCUGAUCUCCAAAUUUUCUUAUGCUGCUGGAAAGUUUACAGUUUCUUCUAGCUGCAGCUAGCUGCAGCCAGUCUUUAUCUUUCUUGUUUUCAAUAAUGCCCUGUUUAUCUUUUGAGUCCCUUUGAAUUUUCUGAUACUUUUGAUAUAAUGAGAUUACCCAUUUCUCACACCUCUGUGAACCAAGGAACAUCCCUAUACCGGUUCUGUCUUCCCUGUCUGCACAAGAGCAGCUUUCUGGUUAUGCAGAGUUCUUUUUCAUGUCUUUAAUAGUUUCUUAUGUUGUUGAAAAUGUGUAAUGCAUUUUGAAUUUUGAAAAAAAAAAAGGUUGACCUGGGGCAUAAAUUUCAAAACUAGAUUUUUUAAUAAAAUAAGCCUAUGGCAGCAGUAAAACAUUAAUGUAUUUAACAUUAUUUUGCUCUUUGAGAGGGAAGGAUUCCUAAUAAAACCUUUUACAUCAGCCAGAAGAGCUGAAAGACAAUUUUUUCCUACUAUGGUGAAGUAUAGGUUGAGCUACAGACUGUUGUGUUGGAUUUCUGAGUGUCUGACAGGAACAUAUAUCCAUUGUCUGAGCAACUGAAAGUAAACGUGCAUUUAGUAAAUUUAUACAUAGAGUGUGUCAGAAGCAUAAACACUCUUCCAUGUGUGUCACUAGCAGUCAGCACAAGUGUUUCUUUGGGACUUCACACUGGAAAAAAAUUUCAGUCUGAUCUGUUAAAACAGCUGUGAAUGUUUAAGUGUUGAAUUACAUGUGUUUGUCAGUGCUUAGAGGAUGUCACUACCCAUUUGCCCCAGUAGGAUGAUACUCAGCUGAUUUUAGCUUCCACAAAACCAUGUGAAAAUAGAUGCAACUGCAGUUUAAGCAAAAAUAAAAGUUGUUUUACCUUGUUUUAUUAAUACUCAGGUUUCUUGUAUAGAUACACAUGUAUGUUUACACAAGUAAGCUUAGCUGUACUUUCCUGCAAUUAAAUUUUUGCAUUUUGUGUGGUCACGAGUAGUAAAAUAAGUGAAGAGAGAAGGAAACCAUAAAAAUGAUUAGGUUAAAUUUAACCAAGUAAACUAAUAGCUUUUCUGUUUCUUAAAAAAUGUGUACGCACCAGUUGCAAACACAUAAUAUUGGUGUUUACCAGAAAAAGCCAGCCCCUCUACAAAUGAGUGUUGAAACACCAUUUUUCAUUUACAAAGAAGGGCCCCAUCAUGUUCUUUUGUAAACAUUGAGUGAUUUCACAAAGUGUCCAUAUUUUGGGAGAGAAAGAAAUCUGUAAGUUUUAUGGUACCAGGCUUCCCCAAGAGACAGUGUAUAGAUGAAAAACUAAUUAACUCCUUUCAGUUCCUAUAGAAUCUUCUAAAGGACCAAGAAAGCAAAAAUGUGGUGGUUGUACAUUCCCAGUUCACAUCUGGAACUUAUACUCUCCAUAUAGGAGCAAAACCAGAAACAAUGAAAGAAAGCUCUGACCUGAGAUACUCUCCUGGGAGAUAAUUUUGAGUUUGGAACAUGCUCAGAGAAGCACUUGGCAGAAGAACUAAAGACCAUUGAAAGAAGUUUUAUGUUGUGUCUCUUGAAACAGAAAUAAAUUUGAUGUACUUAAAUUAUCCCUUCAGACCUCAAGGAGGGGUGAUUUGCAAGAAGGACCACAGAUUGGAGGAGAACUGGGAUUACAGUGACAGAAGUGGUUAUUGACAGCUGCCCUUUCUCAUAGUUGUGUCAUGUUUCAUCAGCCUUUGAAAAUCUUGAAGAUUUUGUGGAAAUGGAGCUCCUCUAGUGCACUCACCACUUGAUGGCUGAAGGAACGUCUGUGUCCAGAGUGUAGUCUUGGUUGACUAUGGUGCGUCAAGCUCUCCGAAGGACCAGCAUGGAGAUUGGCACUCUGAACUGUUAAUGGGGACAUGGGACUCACGUUGUCGUUGAUCAUUUGUGUGGACUUAACCAGCAAAGACCAACAGAAGACGCUAGAAAGGCAGUUGGAAUUAUAGCAGUUUUUCAGGUCACCAAAUCUUGUUAUUUUAAUUUCUGUCUGGAAGAAUGUCUGAGCAAGGUAAAUUGAACCAGGAGACAGCAGAGGAAGCUGCAAAAGAGCAGGAGACUGUCAUCUCUGAAGCCAACCCGGACAACUGUGUUCUUAAUAAAUCUGAAAGCUCAGAAGUAGAGGAGGAAAAGCUCAGUGAUUCCAAGACAGACCUGCAGGUGUUACUGCCAACAAAAAGUUGUUAUGCAAAGCCUAAGAAGAAACGAGGGUCAAAUCAGAAAAAGAGAUCCAAGUCAGGAGCUAAGGGCAAACUCGUGCGGAGUCUUGCUGUGUGUGAAGAGUCAACCCCUCGCCCGGGAGCAGAAAAUCUUCAUGACAACCAGGAAUCCAUCCAACUACAGCUUUCCAGUUUUCCUAGCUUGCAAGAAGAAGAUAAAUCUAUUAAAGAUGACUCCGAGAAAGAAAAAGAGAAGGAUAAAAAUAAAGAUAGAAACAGUGAAAAAAGCAAGAUCAGAAUGUUAUCAAAAGAUUGCAGUCAAGAGUAUACAGACUCAACAGGCAUAGAUUUGCAUGAGUUUCUCAUUAACACAUUAAAGAAUAACCCCAGGGACAGAAUGAUCCUCUUGAAAAUGGAACAGGAAAUUAUUGAUUUCAUUAGUGACAACAAUAAUCACUAUAAAAAGUUCCCUCAGAUGUCAUCGUAUCAGAGGAUGCUGGUGCACAGAGUGGCAGCUUAUUUUGGAAUGGAUCACAAUGUGGAUCAGACUGGAAAAUCUGUAAUUAUCAACAAGACCAGCAAUACAAGAAUACCAGAGCAAAGGUUUUCUGAACAUUUAAAAGAUGAAAAAGGUGAAGAAUCCCAGAAGCGAUUUAUCUUGAAGCGAGAUAACUCUAGUAUUGAUAAAGAAGACAAUCAGCAAAACAGAAUUCUUCCAUUUAGAGAUGACAGACGAAGUAAAUCAAUUGAAGAGAGAGAAGAGGAGUAUCAGAGAGUGAGGGAGAGAAUAUUUGCACAAGAUUCAGUUUGCUCCCAGGAAAACCUUUUUGUGGAAAACAGUAGGCUGUUGGAAGACAGUAGCAUAUGCAAUGACAUGCAUAAGAAAAGACAGCUGUUUAGGGGUAACAGAGACAGCAUUGGGAAGACAUCUGGCAGUCGACAGAGCAGCACAGAGAAUGAAUUGAAGUGGGCAGACCACCAGAGGCCAUGGAGCAGCACAGACUCGGACAGCUCAAAUCGAAAUUUGAAGCCAGCCAUAACAAAGACAGCCAGUUUUGGUGGGAUAACCGUCCUGACAAGAGGAGAUAGCUCAUCAAGCAACAGAAGUACCGGCAAACUGUCUAAAACAGGUAGCUCAGAGUCUUCCAGCAGUGCUGGCUCCUCAGGAUCACUGUCACGAAUACAUCAGCCUCUCCAAAGUGCAUCUCUUGUCCCUGGGGUGACAGCCAACUCUUCAGGCAGCGUGUCCUACCCUGAGAACGGGAUGAGUGGCCAGGUGGCCCCCAGCAACACCAGCUAUAUCAUUGUUCCACUUGAAGCUGCAGGGAUACCGCCUGGCAGUAUCCUUCUCAACCCGCACACAGGUCAACCGUUUGUAAAUCCUGAUGGGACACCGGCAAUAUACAAUCCUCCCAGUGGCCAGCAGACAAUGAGGAGCCAGGUGGUUGGACAGUCUCAGCAGCAGCCUUCACCCCAGCAGCCUCAGCAGGUUCAGCAGCCACAGCAGCAGAUGGCAAGUCACCUUGUCACACAGCCUGUUCAGACAAUGCAGCCAUCUUCUCAGUCAGUCCAAUAUCCAGCAGUUUCUUAUCCUCCCCAGCAUCUCCUGCCAGUCUCUCCAACACAGCAGUUUUCUGUGCGAGAUGACAUGACAGCGCAGUUCAGCCAGAUGAGCUUAAGUCGUCAGUCAUCGGGAGACAACCCCGAGUCGCCUUCUGGCCCCGUGUACCCCUCGCCCCUCCUGCAGCAGCCUGCCCAGCAGCCAGGUUACAUCAUGGCCUCCCCGAGCCAGCAGCUUCCCCCAGGAGGCUUCACGGGUUCAGGACCACCGGUGUCCCAGCAGGUGCUGCAGCCGCCGCCGCCGCCCCAGGGCUUCGUGCAGCAGCCGCCGCCACCUGCUCAGAUGCCAGUGUAUUAUUACCCAUCUGGUCAGUACCCUACCUCAACAACUCAGCAGUACAGACCCAUUGGCUCAGUUCAGUACAACGCACAGCGGAGUCAACAGAUCCCCCAGACUGCCCAGCAAGCAGGUUACCAGCCUGUCCUGCCGAACCAGCAGCAGGGGUUCCAGGGUCUCAUGGGAAUGCAGCAGCCACCCCAAAGCCAGAACCUGAUGAAUAAUCAACAGGGGAAUCAGGUGCAAGGCAUGAUGGUGCAGUAUCCAGCCAUGUCAUCCUAUCAGGUGCCAAUGACCCAGGGUUCUCAAGGAUUGCCGCAACAAUCAUAUCAACAACCAAUCAUGCUACCUAAUCAAUCAGCUCAAGGAACACUUACAGCCACUGGAAUGCCUGUCUACUGUAAUGUCAUACCUCCGGCCCCACAGAACAACCUCCGGUUGAUUGCCCCACACUGCCCCUCCAAUAACGUUCCAGUUAUUUCUGCCAGCUGCAGGACAAACUGUGCGAGCAUCAACAAUGCAGGGUGGCAGGUCAAGUACUGACACUGUGGCUUAGAUUUAUGAGGAUAGAGGUGCAUUAUUUGACAAAUAAAUCAUGGCCUUCAAAUGAAGAGGAACACAACAGAAUAAUCAGUUGAGGACACGAGUACUGACAAUGCUCAAGUGAUUUGCUGCUGGAAAAACCUGUAAAAAAAAAGUAAAAUAAAUUUUGGAAAAAAAAAAUGUUUGCUGGUUAAUGGUGCAUAUUUUUGUCAUGUCUGCUAGGUAUGCCUUUAUAGCUUAGCUAGUGACAUGAAUUCAUUGAGGUAAGAUUUUUUCCUACCACUGAACACCACUGUGUAGAUUGUAAUAUCCCUGAUUCGGAUUAGUUUUGUACUUUGUGUUGAGUUUGUGAAGCUAAAAGUAUUUAAAAAUAUAAUAAAAUCACAUUGUACCAAA